AUGGAUGCAGCAGCAAAGCUUCCCAGUGGAUUACUGCAAGGCAAGAAAACUUGGGUUGGCAGUUACGACGAGUGUGUCAACGCCCUGUCACCAGCCAACAAUCUCACUGGACAUCAAAUAGGUGGAAAAUACUGCAUGGGUGCUACUGCAAUAGGGAUUCCUGGUCAGUACCUGAUGCAGGGAGUUUGUGUACCCAACACCUGUACAGCUCUUGAUUUGAAUAUUUGGGUUGCCGAAAUCUACAGCUUUCUUAAGGAACCUGACCAGACCGGUAUGGCUUGUGAGGAAUCAAUGCCGUAUACUGCAGGAGCUAAAGCUGCGUUGGCUGUUUGUGGUGUAAUUGUUAUGUUGGUAACUAUUGGAACUAUAGUUGACCUUGUGGUGACCUUUAACGAGAGAAGGCAAAAAAGCAGUAACAGCUAUGUGAUAUUGGUUGAGGAUAAUGAAACGAUGGGUAGAACAAGUGUACUGUCGAAUGAGACAUCAUCCUCAGGCCAGAUACAGAGUCAACGACUGAACCCACCACAACCAAAUAGGGGAAAGAUUUGUCAGGUCGCAGUGGCUUUUUCUAUAGUGACCAAUACAAGAAAACUGCUGUCCACUUCUACCUCCUCUGGUCAUCUUACAUCUCUCAAUGGCAUGCGUGUGUUGAGUAUGUUCUGGAUCAUACUUGGACACACUUACCUCUUUGCGAGUUUAGGAAUGACUGUAGAAAAUUCUUUAGCAGCAGUGAAGAUUAUACAGCGAUUCUCCUUCCAGGCCAUUAUCAAUGCCACUGUGUCAGUAGACACCUUCUUCUUCAUGAGUGGAUUACUGGUGACCUACCUGUAUUUGAAGAAUAGACAGGAGAGCACAGAUUCUUUUAAUUGGGUGCUGUUCUACUUUCAUCGGUACUGGCGACUGACCCCAGUGUAUGCCUUCUGUAUCAUGAUCUGGGGUUCUCUAUUCUUUCACACCCUGAGAGGGCCGAUGGCAGUGUGGAGGUCCACCCCACAGACUCAGGCUCUUAUCAAUGAGUGCUCCAAGUCGUGGUGGGCAAACAUUCUCUAUAUAAACAACUACUACCCAUACUCUGGUGAUAUCAAUCAACAGUGUAUGGGAUGGUCCUGGUAUUUAGCCAAUGAUAUGCAGUUUUAUAUCAUCAGUCCCAUCAUCCUGAUUCUUCUGUAUCGGUAUCGUAAAAUUGGCUUCGCAGUGUGUGGAGGUUUGAUUGGAGCAUGUAUCUUUAUUCGUGCAAUGACAGCUUUUGAAUUUGGAAUUCAUGUGCCAAACCAAGCAGUCACAAAACACAAGGAUAAUUACUAUGGUCAGCAUGCUCCUCUUUACAACAAGAUGUACACACGGAUUGCUCCUUACAUUGUGGGGAUGUUACUGGGCUAUGCACUACACAAGACAAACUGUAGGGUGAGGAUGUCUAAG